GGGAAACGAGCCAAGCUGUAUCUCCGCGAGUACGGUGCGGAGGAGGAGCGGCCGGCGUGCCGGGAGGAGUGGCGGCGCGGCGAGUGGACGGGCGCGCGCGGCCGGCUGCCCCAGGUGGACCGCAGCCCCUCACGCCGCAGCCCCUACCUCGCGCGCGAUGACGAGCCCUCGCCCGCGCCCGACGAGCGCGGCCGCUCCGCCUCGGCCGGCGCCCACCACCGCGCUCGUCCGCGUCCCCUGCGCUACCAGUCGCUCGAACGCGACUACGACCGCUCGUACGCGCCGCCGCCACCCCCCGAGGACGACUACUACCGCCGCGAGCCGCCCCCCCUCUUCCUCGGCGAGCUGCAGUCCCAGAACUCGGAUCUGCAACGGGAACUGGGCAACCUCAAGAAAGAACUCGAAUUGACCAACCAGAAGCUCGGCUCCAGCAUGCACAGCAUCAAGACCUUCUGGAGUCCGGAGCUCAAAAAAGAACGGGCACUGAGAAAGGAAGAGAGCGCCAAAUACAGCCUCAUUAAUGACCAGCUGAAACUGCUCAAUCAGGAGAAUCAGAAACAAGCGAUGCUGGUACGUCAACUGGAAGAAGAGCUGAGGAUGAGGAUAAGGCAGCCAGCUCCUGAACUCCAACAACAGCUGGAGGCACUGUACGCUGAGAACGAACACCUGCAAAGGGAGAUAGCGAUAUUAAGAGACACUAUCAAAGAAUUGGAACUGCGAAUCGAAACACAGAAGCAAACGCUGCAAGCUAGAGACGAGAGCAUCAAAAAACUACUCGAAAUGCUCCAGAACAAAGGCAUGGGUAAAGAGGAAGAACGUCAGAUGUUCCAACAGAUGCAGGCGAUGGCCCAGAAACAGGAGCUCAAGGCGACGGCGGACACGCUGCGGGCGCUGCAGGCCCAGCUGGAGCGCGCGUUGGCCGCGGCGGGCCUGCCGGGGGGCAGCGCGGGCGCCACGCUCACCGCCGUGCUCGAGACCAAGGAAGCGCGCAUCGCGACCCUCGAGCGGCAGGUCGCGUUGCUCGAGAGCGAGCUGGCCGCGCUCGUGUCGCCGCCGCCGCCCUCCUCCCACGCCUCGCUAUACGAUAAGGCCGACCCUCCCUUCAAGAGACAACUGGACGAAUUCCGGUUGGAGAUACAGAGACGGGACCAGGAGAUCCUGGCGAUGGCCGCGAAGAUGAAGGCUCUGGAGGAACAGCAUCAGGAUUACCAGCGCCACAUUGCGGUUCUCAAGGAAUCGCUAUGUGCUAAAGAGGAGCACUAUAGUAUGCUUCAGACAGACGUGGAAGAAUUGAAAGCAAGACUGGAUGAGAAGAGUAGAAUGGUCGAGAAGAAAACCGCCGCGACUCUGGCCGCGGCUCAUGAGCUGGCCGAACUGAGAGACCAUUCCGAAAUCAAAGACCGAAAGAUCAACGUGCUCCAACGAAAGAUUGAGAAUCUAGAAGAUCUACUGAAGGAAAAAGAUAACCAAGUUGACAUGGCCAGAGCUAGAUUGAAUGCAAUGCAAGCGCACCAUUGUUCUUCCGAAGGAGCACUAUCUUCCCUCGAAGAAGUUAUAGGAGACAAAGAAAAACAGAUUCAACAACUCAGAGAGCAGAGAGACAGAGCCGAGCAUGAGAAGAAUGAAGAGAGAGAACUCCACGAAAGAGAAAUAGCGGAAUACAAAAUGAAAUUGCACGCUUUAGAGAGCGAAGUAGAAAAGCUCGGCGCAAGACUAGAAAGAGCUCAGGCAGAAAAAGAUAGACUCGAAGCUAAGCUGGAAAGCUCACAAUCUGAACUUGGCAAAUCUAAAGCUGAGUUAGAUAAAGCUGCAAGUGAAGUGGGACGUUCUGGUGCGGACUGGGAAGCUGCUAAGCAACGUCUGGCAAGGCUCGAACUGGAAAAUGAAAGACUCAAACAUGAAUUGGAAAGGUCUCAAACAACUUUCGGAAGAAGUACCCUAUCUACUUCUCAAGAACUUGAUCGGAUGCAGGAAAAAGCUGAUAAAACAUCAGCAGAAUUGAGACGUACUCUGGCCGAAUUGAGAGUGACUCAGGCUGAUGCCGAAAGAGCCAGAUCUGAAGCUAGCGGCUUGCAAGACAAAUUGGAAAAAUCGCAGGGCGAAGUGUACCGUUUGAAGGCGAAGUUGGAAAAUGCACAAACUGAACAGGAUAGUCUGAAAGAGGAAUACGACCGCCUCCAGUCUUCGAUCAGCCGUCUCCAUUCAGAAAGAGAUAAGGCUAUAGCAGAACUAGACAAAGCAAGAGAAGAACUUGAACGUACUCAAGCUACACUUGGCAAAGCACAACUCCAACAAGACAAGCUGCAAGCUUCUCUAGACACAGCUCACUCUGAGAUCGACAAGCUACAGGAGAAACUCGAUAAAUCUGCUGUUGAAGUUAGAAAACUUCAAGUGGAUAGAGAGAAACAGGCGUACGAUUUCGAGUCCCUGCAGUCACAGUUGGACAAAGCACUGGGUCAAGCGGCCAGACUUCAGAAGGAGCGGGACACGGCACAGCUUGACGCGGACAGAUUCCGCGAUAAGAAUGAAAAAGCUCAGAACUUAGUUACUCGUAUACAAAAGGAGAGGGAUACAGCAUUGGCGGAGGCUGCCAGUUGCCGAGAAAGGGCUGAAGCCGCAGCGGCCGCUGCGAACAGGGCCGCCAGGGACAGAGAUAGCGCUGUGACCGAACUGGACGUGCUCAGAGAACGAUGGGAGAAAGCGCAUCAGCAACAUCAAAAAUUGACGAUGGAACGAGAUGAUGCUCUAACAGAACUCGAGAUAUUGAAAGAGAAACUGGACAAAGCUCUUUACUCCACACAAAAGACGAUUGAAGAGAAAGAAACAGCGCACAAGGAAUAUGAGAAAAUGCUCGAGAAAUACGAUAGGUCGCAGAACGAAAUAUAUAGACUGCAAAACAAGAUCGAGAUUUUGGAGGCGGAUAAGGACAGACUAGAAUUGGAGUUAGAGAAACAAGCACAUUUGUCGACAAAGUCCAGAGAUGACCAGAGGAAACUACAAGAUGAAUUAUCGAGAUUACAGGAAAUGUACGACAGAGCAUCGUUGCAGCUGGGUAGAACCAAAGAAUUCGAAGAAAAGGCCAAGGAAGAUAUGGACAGGAUGAGCGUUGACAUAGAAAUGGUCAGGGAACGAUAUGAAAAGGGUCAAAUUGAACUGCGGAGAGUCCAAGCGGAAAAAGAAAAACUACUGGCAGAUAGCGAACGAUUACAAUUUGAAUACGACAGAGCGAUGACUCAAUGCGGUAAAGCACAGGCUUCCAAUGAAAAAACUCAAGAAGAGAUGGCCAGAGUACAGAUAGAGCUGGAGAAAAUGUAUGACAAACAUGACAAGGUUUCUUCAGAAUUAAGAAGAGUGCAAGCUGAAUUGGACAAAGUCAAGCAAGAUGCAAGCGGAGCCAGAGAAGAAGCAGAAAGAUACGCCGCUCGGUACGGAAAAUAUCAUGACGCAAAAGAGGAACACGAGAGAACAAAAAUCGAAGUAGAACGGCUGCGGACACGUCUAGAGAAGACAACGAUAGACCUGGAGCGAGCCCGCAAGGCUGAAGAGGAAGUAUCCCGGUUACGUUCGGAACUCGAACGCGUCGAAGGUCUCCGAGGUAAAUACCAAUUCGAACAGGAUAAGUGGACCAAUGAAUUAAAUAGAAUGCAGGCGGAAAUCGACAAACAUCGUGAGAGAUACGACGCGGCACAAGCUGAUGUUCAAAAACUACAGGCCGAGAAGGAACAAGCUGAGACCAAACUACACGAAAUGAACAUACAACUGGAACUAUCCAAGAGCGAAGUCGUAAAAUUGAGUGGAGCGUUAGAGAAACAGCGAACAGACUUGGAGCGCGCUCACAUUGAGUGCGAAAAGUUCAGGGAUCGGUGUGAGAAAUUGAAAUUACGUUCAGACCAACUAGAUAAAGAUAACGAAAGACUAAAAGGCGAGUUACAACAGAUCGAAAGGAUGAAACUUCAGGCGGUCGCUGGUGAUAAGGCAAGAACCGAAGAUAGACUUGAAAUCGAGAGGCUUCGUGAUAAGUUGGAAAAAGCAAUUCAAGCUCGUGACUCUACUGAAAUGGAGGCAGGACGCUUAGCAAAGGAACUCGAAAAGUCUCAGAUGCAUCUCGCUAAAUAUCAAGAAACUAACGAAACAACUCGCGUUGAAUAUGAUAGGAUGACGAAUGAACUGGGAAGAAUGCAUGAACGACUUGAAAGAACGAUCUUAGAAAUGAGACAAAUCGAACAGGAACGCGAUGCGCUGAGAGUAGAGAUACAGAACACAAGACGUAACAUUGAACAGCAACAGAGAACUUUGGACCACAGAACUCAGGAGACGCUUGUUAAACUCCAACAAGAAUUGGCUCAGUCAGUUAGAGACAGAGAAAAGAUGGCAUCCAUUUUGGAACAGAGAGAUAAACAAGCCGACGCUAUCGAAAAGCAGAUCGUCAAAUUGGAGGCUGAUACAAAGCAAUUGACAAUAGAACGUGACCAAUUAGUGGCACAAUUAGAAAAAUCCCAAGACAUGCUCGUAAACUUCCAGAGAGAACUCAAUGCUUCCGAAGCCGAACUACAGAAACAGCGAGAUGAAGUACGCAGAUUGAAAGAAGAACAGAGGAAACUAGCUCAAGAUUCAGAACGUGGAGCAAAAUCGGUUAUAGAAAAUCGCGAGAGAGAGAUAGGAAGACUGCAGCAGCAACUUCAAGGUCUCACCAAAGAAAGAGACACAAUUAAGCAGCGUGCAGAGAAAGCCGAAAAAGAAGCACAGAAAGCUGGAGAGAUCGAUAAAUGGCGAGCUGCCGUCGAAGCGGAGAAGUCCAAGGCGAUCGCUGCAGAAAAAGCCUUAUCUGAAUGUCAACAGCGCUUGCAAUCUUUGGAGAAACAAUUCCAGGCGCAGCAUCAACAGUUACAGCAGCUACAAGCACGCGGACCGUCCGACGUGCGCGAGGUCCAAAAGCAGCUCGAAGCUGCUCAGGCCGAGGCUCGCGCCCUCGCCACUGAGAGGGAGCGAUGCCAGUCGCAGCUCGAGAUGCUCGUUCAGGAAUUGGAGAAGAGCCAGCUCGAUCUCCGCGAAGCGAACAAGAAACUCCAAACAGCUGGUGCUCAGAGCGCGAAGGCUGGCGAAGACGCAGCCCUAGCUAAGAAGCAGAUACAAGAUGAAUUCAAAAAGUUAGAUGACGCAAGAAAACAUUUCGAAGAACAAAGAAGAGCGUGGGAGAACAAACGGAAAGACGUGGAGGAGAAAGAGAAGUCACUUAUGGAAUUGGAUCGACAGUUAAAGAAGAGAAAAGAGCAAAUGGACCAAAUGGAAGCUUCAUUGAGGAAGGCUGGCGGCAGCACGGCCGCGGUAUCAGAGCUGAAUCGCAAGCUGACAGACUCUCAGAAAGAUGCGGAACAACUGAAGCAACAAUUGGAUCAGACUAAAGACGAAGCGAAACGGUUGACAACUGAAACGGAACGGCUUCUGCAGCUGGUCCAGAUGUCACAGGAGGAACAAGCACAGAAGGAAAAGCAAAUUAUGGAUUUGCAACAGUCCGUAAGAAACCUCCAAGCCAAAUUAAAAAGUCAGCAGCAAGCACAAGCACAAAGAGAAGAGGACCUGAAUAGAGCGAGACAAAGCGAAAUAGCGGCUAUUGAGGAUUUAACAAAGACGUUGUCAGAGAAAGAUCGUUUGAAAUCAAAAUUAGAAGAGAGUAAAAUGAAGAUAAUAGAUCUGGAGAUAGAACUAAACGAAUCAUCUCUAAUACUCUCGGAAGUAUUGAAAAUAUCCGAUAGCCAGGAGCUAACGAAUAUAAAGAGGAGCAAAAGCUUUUUCGAAUUGCAAAAGAGCGGUAAGGUAGUGGAUAGGUUAGAUAAAGGGAAGUUCAGUAGGAGUGACAAUGCAUUAGACGCUAUUUAUUACGGUAAGAAUGCAAAAAACGAAUCUCCCAACAUAAGUAAGCUAAUGAGGAAAGUCACUAAUUUAACUAAAGAGAUAGCCAUGAAGAAUUCCAAAAUAAUCGAACAGCAGAGAUGCAUAUCUAUAUUAGAAGAAGCGUUAAGAGAAAAUAAUAAUAUAGCUGAAUUCGAGCAACUGCUGGCCGUGGUCAGGAGUAAGGACGAGAGGAUUAAUGAAUUAGAACAGUUCGUCAAUGAAAACUGUGGGACCCAAACGACCGGUAGCAAAGACAAUAGGAUAUUAGAACUUGAAGAGGCUCUGAAGGAAUCCUUUAUGGUGGCGGCGGAGAGAGAAAAAGUAUUUUAUAACGAAGAACAGCGACGAAUCGAGACUAUAAACAAGAUGAAGAAAAUGGAGCAGAGGAUACUGUCGUUACAAAACGCUUCGGCGCUGAGUUGUGAGACGUGCACUUCCGUUUUGAAGCGGAUGAAGCGUCUAGAAGAUUCUUUGGAGGAUUGUCAGAAGAAAAGGGAUAAUGCAUUAAGACAGUUGGCACAUGUAAUCCAAGAGAUCCUGGAGGCCACGAUCAGCGAAAAGGACUCUCAUAUAGCAGAACUUGAGAUGAAAGGGGUGCUGGACGAGAACGAGACGAAGCUAUACGACUCGCUGAAGAGCGAAAGGGACAGGCUGCUCAAUCGACUUAAGAUAGAGAAUGAAAGGAUCGUUGAUAUUGAACGCGACUUGUACCAGGCGAUCAUGAGAGCUGAGGAGUGCGGGUCCGUACCGGUCGGCCUCACGCUGGCAGACGACCUCAUAGGCAUCGACGAAGACAAUGUAAUUGUCUGGGUAACUACGUCAGGAGGGAGAGGACAUCCCGGGAACGUUACUGUGACUACGGAUAAAGCUAAGUCGAAAACCUAAAAAUGUUUUUGUGGUCUUAGCGUCAUUAUAGCACGACCCAUAGCCCAUCCGCUACCUUGCCAUCGCUUAUCACUAAUGCAUAAUU